AUGGGCAGUUACGCCAUAGCCACCCCCUCAGUACGCUGCAGCCACCCCCUCAGUACGCUGCAGCCACCCCCUCAGUACGCUGCAGCCACCCCCUCAGUACGCCAUAGCCACCCCCUCAGUACGCUGCAGCCACCCCCUCAGUACGCUCCAGCCACCCCCUCAGUACGCUGCAGCCACCCCCUCAGUACGCUGCAGCCACCCCCUCAGUACGCUGCAGCCACCCCCUCAGUACGCUGCAGCCACCCCCUCAGUACGCUGCAGCCACCCCCUCAGUACGCCAUAGCCACCCCCUCAGGACGCUGCAGCCACCCCUCAGUACGCUCCAGCCACCCCUCAGCACGCUGCAGCCACCCCUCAGUACGCUGCAUCCACCCUCAGCACGCUGCAGCCACCCCUCAGUACGCUGCAGCCACCCCUCAGUACGCUGCAUCCACCCCUCAGCACGCUCCAGCCACCCCUCAGUACGCUGCAGCCACCCCUCAGUACGCUCCAGCCACCCCUCAGUGCGCUGCAGCCACCCCUCAGUCGCUGCAGCCACCCCUCAGUGCGCUCCAGCCACCCCUCAGCACGCUGCAGCCACCCCUCAGUACGCGGCAGCCACCCCCUCAGUACGCCCCAGCCACCCCCUCAGUACGCUGCAGCCACCCCUCAGUGCGCUGCAGCCACCCCUCAGUGCGCUGCAGCCACCCCUCAGUACGCUGCAGCCACCCUCAGUGCGCUGCAGCCACCCCUCAGUACGCUGCAGCCACCCCUCAGUACGCUCCAGCCACCCCUCAGCACGCUGCAGCCACCCCCCUCAGUACGCUCCAGCCACCCCUCAGUACGCUGCAGCCACCCCUCAGUGCGCUGCAGCCACCCCUCAGCACGCGCUCCAGCCACCCCUCAGUGCGCUCCAGCCACCCCUCAGUACGCUGCAGCCACCCCUCAGUGCACGCUGCAGCCACCCCUCAGCACGCUCCAGCCACCCCCUCAGUGCGCUGCAGCCACCCCUCAGUACGCUCCAGCCACCCCUCAGCACGCUGCAGCCACCCCCUCAGCGCUGCAGCCACCCCUCAGUCGCUCCAGCCACCCCUCAGUACGCUCCAGCCACCCCUCAGUACGCUGCAGCCACCCCUCAGCACGCUCCAGCCACCCCUCAGUACGCUCCAGCCACCCCUCAGUGCCCAGCCACCCCCUCAGCACGCUGCAGCCACCCCUCAACGCUCCAGCCACCCCCUCAGUACGCUCCAGCCACCCCCUCAGUACGCUGCAGCCACCCCCUCACCACCCCUCAGCACGCUGCAGCCACCCCCUCAGUGCGCUGCAGCCACCCCUCAGUGCGCUCCAGCCACCCCCUCAGUGCUGCAGCCACCCCUCAGCAGCCACCCAGCCACCCCCUCAGUACGCUCCAGCCACCCCCUCAGUACGCUGCAGCCACCCCCUCAGUACGCUCCAGCCACCCCCUCAAUUUGUGCCCUGAGGGAGCAAGUCAUUAAAUGCUGUAGCCAUUUCCUCCCAACACAAGACCAAGACCAGUUUCUCAGUUCACAUUCAGUCAUGAAUAAAGGCUCCUCAGAGGCAGAGAAGAAUCUCCUACUCGAGCUGAUUGUGAAAAAUAAGCAAGUGGUGUUCGAUGAAACAAAUAAUCUGUCCAAGGGAGCUACGAAGGAGAUUUGGUCAGGAAUCACAGAGCGCUUCAACGCUUCUGGGAUCGGACCUCCUAAGACCAGCAAGCAGUUGAAGCUAAUGUGGCGUCAUAUAAAAAGGAAGGUUCAUACAGCAAACAAUAUAGAUGAGGAAGACUCCAUGACAUAUGAUGAAAGCUCCUUGCUAUAUGGUGACCCAAAUUUAUCAAAAGUUUUAUCAAUGAUUUCAUCUCAUUUGACGCCUCAAGAAACGGAAGCAGGUCAGCGGCGACAAAGGCGGAAAGUGAAAAGGCCUGCUAAGUGCUGUUCCAGCAAAAAGAAGACCAUUCAAGUGGCCAAAAGAAAUGGACCCACUUCACCUUCUCCACCUGUUGGGCCAACAUCAGCCGAUACCAACCCACCUCUUAGUCAGGCUUCCUCUCUGUCACCAUUAGCCCACAACAAGAAGGAAGCACAGCCUUCCACAAGCGACAAUGUACAAGAUAAUACUGCUGCUGCAGCGCCACCACGAAAAUUACGCAAACGCACAAGGCCCUUCAGUACAGCUACAGAUCAGGAACAAUCUUAUGAGGAUGUGAUGCAUUUCAAAUGUAAAGAGCAUGAACUGGAAAUGAAAAUAAAGGACACAAACUAUCAGUGUAGUGAAAUGGAGAAAGAACUGAAAACUAUAAACAAGCAAAUUACAAUGAUUGACAAUGAAGUAAAAGAAAUGCAACUGAAACUUUCUAAAUUAGAAAUCAGAAAUACAGAACUUCAGUAUCAAAUUCUCAAAAAAGAAAUGGAAAAUGCUAAUGAGAAAGGUCACGUUCUACGGAUGUGGGGAGAUGCUGCCGUGGCCGUGAAGGAUGCUGCACAAGCCUUCACAAAAAGUGUGAAGCAUAUGAAUGACUGAGUCAGAUGAGUCAGACUUAACACUAAAAUCUAAUUUUUAGAGCUAUUACAGGAAACCUCACUUUUUUGUUAAUGUUUGCUGUACAUGUUGCUGAACUUUUGUCAUAUUAAGGGAGUUUUCAGUGACUGAGGACCUUCAUAGGGAAACUGAAAUUAUUCCUGAAGGUGAAUAUUAACUCACACAGUGUCUCCUUCGGAUUGAGAGAAGGAUCAUGUCUGGUUGCAUUUUUUGGUAUUUGCCUCCAAAAAUCUUCAGAAAAAUGGAAGUUAAUCAGUGUAUGUAUUGAAUUUAUUAAAUUCAUGUGAUUGCUUGAA